AUGGGCCAGCAGGUGGGCCGCGUCGGGGAGCCGGGAGCCGGGCUCCAGCAGCAGCCGCCGCCGCCUCAGCAGCCCAGGGGAGCGCGGGGGAGCAGCGCGGCCAGGCCCGCGGGCCGCAAGCGGGAGGCGGCCGGGCGCACCGCGGAGAGCGGCUUCAAUAUCUUCACCCAGCACGAGGCCCUUCACCGCCCCUAUGGUUGUGAUGUUGAACCCCAGGCACUGAAUGAAGCCAUCAGGUGGAGCUCUAAGGAGAACCUGCUUGGAACCACUGAGAGCGAUCCCAAUCUUUUUGUUGCACUUUAUGAUUUUGUAGCAAGUGGCGACAACACACUCAGCAUCACCAAAGGUGAGAAGCUACGAGUCCUGGGUUACAACCAGAAUGGUGAAUGGAGUGAGGUAUGUUCUAAGAAUGGGCAGGGAUGGGUGCCAAGCAACUAUAUCACACCAGUGAACAGCCUGGAGAAGCAUUCCUGGUAUCAUGGGCCCGUGUCACGCAGUGCAGCAGAGUAUCUGCUGAGCAGUCUCAUCAAUGGCAGCUUCCUGGUUCGUGAAAGUGAGAGCAGCCCAGGGCAGCUGUCCAUCUCCCUCCGGUACGAGGGGCGUGUUUACCACUACAGGAUCAAUACCACCGCAGAUGGAAAGGUGUAUGUGACAGCCGAAAGCCGCUUCAACACAUUAGCAGAGCUAGUUCACCAUCAUUCUACAGUGGCAGAUGGACUGGUGACAACCUUGCAUUACCCAGCACCCAAGUGCAAUAAGCCCACAGUCUAUGGAGUGUCCCCCAUCCAUGACAAGUGGGAAAUGGAACGAACGGAUAUCACCAUGAAGCACAAACUUGGGGGAGGGCAGUAUGGUGAAGUGUACGUUGGUGUCUGGAAGAAAUACAAUCUCACGGUUGCUGUGAAAACACUAAAGGAAGAUACCAUGGAAGUGGAGGAGUUCUUGAAAGAAGCUGCUGUGAUGAAGGAAAUCAAGCACCCAAAUCUAGUGCAAUUAUUAGGUGUAUGCACCCUGGAGCCACCCUUUUACAUUGUGACGGAAUAUAUGCCAUAUGGGAACCUGCUGGACUACCUACGAGAAUGCAACCGGGAGGAGGUGAGCGCAGUCGUGCUGCUCUACAUGGCCACUCAGAUCUCCUCUGCUAUGGAGUACUUGGAGAAGAAGAAUUUCAUCCACAGGGACCUAGCGGCUCGAAACUGCUUGGUAGGAGAAAACCACGUGGUGAAGGUGGCUGACUUCGGCUUAAGUCGAUUGAUGACUGGAGAUACCUACACAGCUCAUGCUGGAGCCAAGUUUCCUAUCAAGUGGACAGCACCUGAGAGCCUGGCCUAUAACACCUUCUCAAUUAAAUCAGAUGUGUGGGCCUUUGGGGUGCUAUUAUGGGAAAUUGCCACCUACGGGAUGUCACCAUACCCAGGUAUUGACCUCUCACAGGUGUACGAUCUGCUGGAGAAGGGAUAUCGGAUGGAACAACCAGAGGGGUGCCCUCCAAAAGUUUAUGAACUGAUGAGGGCAUGCUGGAAGUGGAAUCCCCCAGACCGACCAUCCUUUGCUGAGACCCAUCAAGCCUUUGAAACAAUGUUCCAUGACUCCAGCAUCUCUGAAGAGGUGGCAGAGGAGCUUGGAAGAACAGCCUCCUCCUCAUCCAUAGUUCCCUACUUGCCCCGGUUACCCAUGCUUCCCUCCAAGACUAGGACUCUGAAGAAACAGGCAGAGAAUAAGGAGAAUAUUGAAGGAACACAAGAUACUGUGGAGCAUUCGGCUUCCAGCUCAGCACCAGGGUUUAUCAGAAGCACACAGCCAACAAGUGGAUCUCCAGCACUGCCUCGCAAACAAAGGGACAAGUCCCCCAGCGGCCUCUUGGAAGAUGCUAAAGAGACCACUUUCACCAGGGACAGAAAGGGUGGCUUUUUCAGCUCCUUUAUGAAGAAGAGGAAUGCCCCCACACCUCCAAAGCGUAGCAGUUCCUUCCGUGAGAUGGAGAAUCAGCCCCACAAGAAAUAUGAGCUCACGGGUAACUUUUCAUCUGUUGCUUCCUUGCAGCAUGUUGAUGGAUUUUCUUUUACUCCCACCCAGCAGGAUGCAAGCCUGGCCCCAGCCAAGUGCUACAGUGGGGGCUUUGCACAGAGGAACUUCUACAGUGAUGACAGUGGUGGUACCAGCAGUGGUGGGAGUGCAAGCACUGGUGGUGGGUGGUCAGGCAUCACAGGUUUCUUUACACCACGCUUAAUUAAAAAGACACUGGGUUUACGAGCAGGGAAACCCACGGGUGCCGAAGAAGCUUCAAAGCCUUUUCCAAGGUCAAAUUCUACAUCUUCCAUGUCUUCGGGGCCUCCCGAGCAGGAUAGGAUGGCAAUGACUCUUCCUAGAAAUUGCCAGAGGUCAAAAAUCCAGCUGGAAAGGACAGUGUCCACCUCCUCUCAGCCAGAGGAGAGCAUAGGUAGAUCCACUGACCUGCUUCCCAAAAGGCUUGAAGAAGGCCCUGCUCUGACCAGAGAGAGACCGAAAGCCAAACUCUUGCCAAGAGGUGCCACCGCUCUUCCAGUCAGAACCUCUUCAGGGGAUUCAGCUGUUGCAGAGAAGGACUGUCCAGGUCUGGCAACAACCACCCCUAAGAGCAAAGAAAAAAACAGUGGUACACGGCAAGGAGCCCUAGAAGAUGGAGAGAGACCAGGAUGGUCUUCUCCAGCAAAGGCUGCAGCAAUACUUCCAACCACUCAUAACCACAAAGUGCCAGUCCUAAUCUCACCCACUCUAAAACAUACUCCAGCAGACGUGCAGCUUAUUGGCACAGACUCUCAGGGUAAUAAAUUUAAGCUCUUAUCUGAGCAUCAGGUCACAUCUUCCGGCGACAGGGACCGGCCCAGACGGGUAAAACCAAAGUGUGCCCCACCUCCACCACCAGUAAUGAGGCUCCUGCAGCAGUCGCCCGUUUGCUCAGACACAGCAGAAGAGUUGAGCAACACCGCAGCAGUGCAGCAUGGACUGGAAACAAGUGAAGGUGGUAAAAAGGCAGUGGUGGCACAUGGUGGUGGAAAAGCUGGGAGGCCCAUGAUGCCGCCCCCUCAAGUGCCUCUGUCAUCAUCUUCCACCUCACCAGCGAAAAUGGCCAAUGGCACAGCGGGUGCUAAAGUGGCAUUAAGAAAGACCAAACAGGCGGCUGAGAAAAUCUCAGCGGACAAAAUCAGCAAAGAGGCGCUGCUGGAGUGUGCAGACCUCCUCUCGAGUGCCAUUGCCGAGCCAACGCCAAACAGCCAGCUGGUGGAUACGGGGCACCAGCUGUUGGAUUACUGCUCAGGCUAUGUGGACUGCAUCCCACAAACACGCAACAAAUUUGCCUUCCGGGAAGCCGUGAGCAAACUGGAACUCAGCCUGCAGGAACUGCAGGUGUCCUCAACAGCUGCUAGUGUGCCCGGAGCAAACCCCGUCCUUAAUAACUUAUUGUCAUGUGUCCAAGAAAUCAGUGAUGUGGUUCAAAGGUAG